AUGAGGAAGACUGUGGAAUUUGAAGAUGUUGUGGCACUGAGGUCAGCAAUCACUUCUUACUGUGUGAGUAUAGGGAGAGAUGUUCAUUACACAAGAAAUGCCAAGAACAGGAUAGGUGCUAAGUGUAAAGGCAAAGAUUGUCAAUGGUAUUUGUGGGCAUCUCUUCAGGGAGGGAAAGGAACAAUGACUGUCAAAACACACUUCUCACAACAUAAUUGUGGUAGGUUAGCUAAAGUUAGGAAGAUCAGAGCAUCAUGGAUUGCUAAACAGUAUCAUCCUAAGUUCAAUGUCAACCCAUACCUGAAGUGUCAAGAAAUAGUUAAUACUGUUUGGACUGAAUGGGGUAUCAAAAUCUCGUUGUGGAUGGCUCUCAAGGCCAGGAGAUUAGCACAGAAGCUAAUAUUGGCUGAUGAUUUGGGUACUGUAGAUGGUGGAGGCUACACCAUUAUGUAUGAUCAACAAAAGGGAUUACUCAAGGCUGUGUUUGAUAUUUGGCCUUCUGCUAAGACAAGAGUCUAUGCUAGACAUGCCAACUGUAAUUUCAGACAAGUUUUUGGAGGGAGUUUGCAGUACAGACUAGGCUUUUGGAGAAUAGCUAAGUCAACAACAGAGAACAUAUUCAACAGGAAUAUGGAAGAGUUUAGUAAGAUUUCAGCUGCUGCAGGGCUAGACUUGCUCAAGAGAAAUUACAUGAAAUGGGUGAGGGCAUUCUUCACACCCCAGUCCACUUGUGAAACCAUUGAUAACAACAUGAAUGAAGUUUUCAAUGCUUACAUUCUGUCUAGUAGGCAUAAGCCUAUUAUAACCAUGCUGGAGGACAUAAGGGAAAGCUUGAUGGAGAGGCUGCACAAAAAAAGGGAUUUCAUUGCCAAAAAAGAGAUCAAUAUUUGCCCUAGAAUCCAAACAAGGUUAGAGAAAUCAAAAAUCAAUGCUAGGGGUUGGUCUGCAUUUUGGGAUGGGCAUUACUGUUAUGGAGUGAGAGAGGGAGCUACACAAACAAGAUAUGUUGUUAUCUUAUUAGACAAAACUUGUAGCUGCAAUGCAUGGCAACUAAGUGGUGUGCCAUGCCAUCAUGUUGUGGCAGCUAUAUGGAAGGCAGUGGAGCAUCCUGAGCACUAUGUGUCUGAGUGGUUCAGCAAAGAGACCUAUCUAAAGGCAUAUUAG